AACCAGGAGGAAUACAGAAAAGAAAUAAAACGUCUACAAAGCGAAAUCGAGCGUGGUCGAACGUCUAUGUCGACACGGGAUGAGCGAGUACUCGAACCUGUCUUCAAAUAUGUGGGGAACAAAAAACAAUACGAGCUAAAUAACAGCGUCGCUGACAAGAUUCAAGUAGCCCUAACGACUACCGACGAACAGCAACGAACGGCUGCGUUGAACGAAGGUAAGAGCUUGCUAAAUGAAAGAAACAAACAUAUUUUGUUAGCAGAGAAAUUUGGUUGGGACACGGUCGAAUGCUACACUGCUGAGCCUCUUGCCGCCGAUGCAGACGAUGAAAAACGGAUUAAAAAGGCUGUGAAGGAGAGUCAGCGUGUUAGGGACGAAAAGAAAAAGAAAUUAGGACAGUCUACGAAAUCUAAGAGGCAGUUUAUGUGGUCUAGCGGGUCCCAAACGGAACGUAAGGGCGUUGUUGACAGAGCAUCGUUUCCCGCGCAACGGGGGGUUUUGGCGGGAAAGUCGGAGGUAUUGCGUAACAAUACAAGCGGUGUUUGUUUUCGUUGCCUCAGACCCGGCCAUUUCGCUAGGGAUUGUCGAUCCGCAAACACAAGAACAGUCACUUUUAAUGGAGCACAACCUAGUGGACCCUCUUUGCAACCAAAUACCCAGUGAUUGGGAGAGGGAUAACUUUGUAAAUAGUAGGAAUGAUUCAUGUACUAAUAUUGAUGGUUCAAAUUAUUGUUCGUUUGUUGAUAUUGAAAACUUGGAGCUUUGCUCAGGUACAAUAGUGAAGGGACGACUGCGAGAAAACAUUUCUUUUUGGGAGAACAUUGGGACUAACCGAUGGGUACUGGAGAUAAUUCGGGAAGGAUACUGUUUACCGUUUAUUGACAUGCCAGAGCAAGUAGUGUUAUCUAAUCACAGGAGUGCUUUCAAAUCAUCCGAAUUUGUGACACAAGAAAUAGCCAAACUUCGGUUAUCUGGGGUGCUAGUGGAGGUAAAAGCACACAAGUUGACUGUCUGUAAUCCCCUGGGCGUAGUGUUUAAUAAUGCACAGAAGCCCAGAUUGAUUCUGGACUUGCGUUAUGUCAACAAGCAUUUGCGAUCUUGUAAGUUCCAAUACGAGGACAUUCGGACAGCUGCAAACUUGUUCAAAAAAGGGGAUUGGUUUUUCAAGUUUGAUUAUGCCAGUGGAUAUCAUCACAUCGAGAUUUUCCCUGAGCAUACCCAAUUUCUUGGUUGCUCAUGGGAGGUUAAUGGUGUCCAAAAAUUUUUUAAAUUUACAGUCCUCCCAUUUGGUUUGUCCACUGGCCCGUAUGUAUUUUCUAAGGUGCAGAGGGCUUUAGUUAAACACUGGAGAGGGAAAGGGUUCAGAGUUUUUACAUACCUUGAUGACGGUGCUGGAGCAGAGACUAGCUUGGAGGAGGCUCUAAAAACAGCAACCCUGGUGAGACAGGACAUUGCAGACAGUGGGUUUGUAGCUCAUAAGGAUAAAUGUCAAUGGGAACCGGUCCAAUCAGGGGAGUUACUUGGGUUUGUUAUGGACCUGAAAUCUGGUACAUUUCGUGUUCCACAAAGGAGGGUAGAAUCCCUUCAAGAAGGCCUGCAGUAUGCUGUGUCGAAAGGCUUUGUUUCAUCUGCUCGAUCCCUUUCUCGACUUACUGGUAUGUUGGUGUCCAUGGGGUUGGCUAUUGGCCCGGUGGUUCGUCUCUGGACUAGGGCUUUGUAUCGUGAGAUCCUUCAAGCCCCAUCCUGGGAUAUACUGUUUGCCCUUUCAACCGAAGCGCAGCAAGAGAUAUAUUUCUGGAUUGAUAAUUUUGAUAAUGGUGGUUAUCCUAUUUGGUCCCCAAGUCCAAAAAUUGACGUGAUGACUUACUCUGAUGCUAGUGCUACAGGUUGGGGUGGAUAUGCAGUUCAGAUUGGUGAACAAUCUGCUAUCGGUUGUUGGUCGGAAACUGAAGUGCAUAAAAGUUCCACAUGGAGGGAGAUCAGAGCAACUAGACUAGUAUUGGAAUCUCUCAUUCUCAGUCUUCAGGGAAGGGAGGUACGUCACAGGACUGACAAUAUGAACACUGUGCAUAUUUUGUCUGUGGGUAGCCGGAAGCAGGACCUUCAUCGGGAGGCAGUGGAAAUUUACAAACUGUGCCAAAAGAAUGGCAUACGCUUAUCAGUCGAGUGGGUUAGCAGGGAUGACAAUGAACAGGCAGAUGCCUUGUCUAGGGUGGAGGAUGCAAAUGACUAUAGUUUGGACCCCUUGGUGUUCCAGCGGUUGGACAAAGAGUGGGGUCCUCAUACAGUGGAUCGUUUUGCAACUGUGCAUACCAAACAACUUCCACGGUAUUGCAGUCGGUUUCGAAAUCCUGGUUGUGAGGCUGUGGAUGCCUUCACUGUUUCUUGGAGAGGAGAAACUAAUUGGGUUUUUCCUCCCCCCUACCUGAUCCCACGAGUGUUAAGACAUAUGGCAGAGGGUAAAGAAUUUGGAACACUUAUAUUACCGGAAUGGCAUUCUGCCCCAUGGUGGCCAUUGUUGAUUACCAAACAAGGAUUAUGGCAGGAAUUUGUCAGGGCCUGUUGCCGAUUUCAACCAUAUGAUGGCAUCUUGGUACCCGGUUCAGCAGCAAGUGGCCAAUUUGCUUCGGGUGUACCGCCCUAUACAAUUGUGGCAUUGAGGCUCAGUUUUGUGGCAGAAUGAUAGCAGUGGUGAGUUUUACCCAGUGCAUGGCACGAUUACAGGCAAAUGCUGAAAGGCCUGUAGGGACAAAUAGCCUGUUAGGAGCAGUUAGCCUGCAAAGGCACAGUAGCCUGUUAGGGGCACAAUAGCCUGUUAGGGGCACAAUAGCCUGUAAGGGCACAAUAGCAUGUAGGGGCACAAUAGCCUGUAAGGGGCAUAAUAGCCUGUAAGGGGCACAAUAGUCUGUAAGGGGCACAAUAGCCUGUAGGGGCACAAUAGCCUGUAAGGGGCACAAGAAGGGGCACAAGAGCCUGUAUGGGGCACAUUAGCCUGUAAGGGGCACAAUAGCCUGUACAGGGCACAAUAGCCUGUAUGGGCACCAAAAAAAAAAAAAAAAAAAAAAAAUCCUGUAAGGGGUUUGGUAGCCUGUUUGGGGUUUGGUAGCCUGCAAGGCAGUAUAUUGCCUGUUAAGGGCACAACAACUUGUUGGGGUACAAUACCCUGGGGACCACCCCUUUUUAGGGGCAUGGUCGGGUAGUUUUUUAAAAAAAAAAAAAAUUUGCGUUUUUUCAGUUGCAGUGGUGCAAGCUGUUGCAAAAGAGGUGGUGUUACCGGCUGAACUGGAACCUACAUGUUUCAAAGAUCCAGAAUUGGCUCGAUUAGCCAAUGUGCUGCCUGGGAUUCUGGUGCAGGACAGGGCCGAUAAAACUGUUAAAACUUAUCUGGGGGCAUACCGUAGGUGGAAGCAGUGGGCAAUCCAUCGGGGUGUGGUUCCCUUGCCGGCCGAGACAGUGCCCUUUGCAUUGUAUCUAGUCUUUCUUAUCCAACAAGAACGAUCGGUGGCAGCAGUUAACUCUAUAGUGUAUGGCGUUAGCUGGGUACACAAGAAGGGGGGUUUCCUGGAACCUUCGCAGCAUCCGUUAGUUAAACAGCUAAUGGAAGCAGCACGACGGAUCCUGGCAAAACCGGCAACGCGGAAGUCUCCUCUUGGAGCCGACUUGGUGAGGAAGUUAGUGCUGCGCUUGGAGCAAGGUAGUCUGGCGGAGUUGCAGUUAGCCACGUUGAUCGCCUUGGGAUUUUUUGGUUUUCUGCGAUGGGAUGACCUAAGUAAUUUGACCGCAGACAAUAUCCAAAUUGAGGAUUCGCAUAUGGCAUUGUUCUUAGAAAAACGAAAAAAUGACCAGUUUAGAGACGGUUCGUGGGUGUUCAUUUCAAGCUCGGAAGUGAAACCGUGUCCAGUGGAAGUAGUAAAGAAAUUCCUAGUGCAAGGUUGUCAUGCGCAGGGAUCCAAGUUAUUUCGGCGAGUCCAGCAUACAAAAAAUGGCUGGCAACUAAAGAAGCAGGGCAUGUCCUAUAGUAGGGCCAACCAACUACUGAAAGCAGAGUUAAAGAAGGAAGGACUGAAUGUCAGUCGCUAUAGCCUACAUAGUCUACGUGCAGGUGGGGCGUCGGCAGCAGCAGCUUUGGGUGUACCGGACCGGUUGUUCCAACGACAUGGAGGCUGGAGAAGUGAGACAGCUAAGAAUAAUUAUCUAGAAGAGAGCCUGGACUCUUUGUUAUUAGUUACUAAAUCUAUUCAGGAUAAGAACACCUAAUAUAAGUCUAGCUGAACAUUCUCCUAAGCUCUUUGUGACACUAUGCGUUUUGAGCUUGCGUGUGCAGCAUCCCUCAGCGGUGUGUGGGAAGUGUUAUUUUCUGCCGGCUGAGGAACGAAAGAGGCAGAAAAUGUUUUUCUCACACACUGCUGGGGGACUGGAUCAAGGGUGGGGUCCAGGUCACCGAAUCACUUUUUUGCUUGCCUGUGCUAGCCUGACCUGUGUCCCACCCACCCACCCUAUUGGCAGGUAUCCUGGUUGAUAUUUUGUUGCGAUCCUCGUUUGUAAAUAUGAGAUAUUGUUAAUAAUUAAUUAAAGGUCAGGCUUGCGUGUGCAGCAUCCCUCAGCGGUGUGUGGGAACAAAUAUAUGGGAUAUGGUAUUUCCAAGAUAUGGUAUCAUCAAUCAUAACCCCUAAAUAUUUUAUAUGAUCUUUUCUUUCUAAAGGAACACAAGAACCAUCUGCGUUUUGUAUCUUUAUGUCAAUUUGCAUGUCCUUUUUUCUAGCUGACUUAAUAAUCAUAAAAUUUGUCUUAGAGAAAUUUAUUGACAAUUUAUUUGAAUUACACCAUUCUUUAACCUUGGAAAUCUCAGUGUUGAUUAAAGUUUCUAGUUCCUGAAUAUUUCUAGAUGAGGCAAAUAUGUUAGUGUCAUCUGCAAACAAUCUAAACUUUAAUUUGUUAGAGCAGUUUGGCAAGUCAUUAAUAUAUAUUAGGAACAACAAUGGUCCAAGUGUGCUUCCCUGAGGAAUCCCACAUGUCAUUGUUUGUUUAGAUGACUGAAAAUCCCCUAAAGCCACAUACUGUUGUCUAUCAGUAAAUAUAGAACCUUGAAAGAAAUUUCAUUGCAUUUUAACGGAACUUCGCAUUCAGUUCAAGGGCCAGUCAUUGUUCGUGGAGAAAUAUUUUAUUUCAGUUUGUGACACUUUUAUUUAUUGAUAUAUAUUAAAUUAUAUAAAUAUAAAAUAUAAACCUCCCGCCUCUUCGACAUUUUCAAAGUGUAGUGAUGAGAAUCAAGGAAUUUAUUUUAUGUGGCCUAAGGUGUGGUAACAAGCAGGUAUAACAACACUCAUCUCAAAGUGAGCUCAUGGACUUGGACUUAUCUCAAAGUGAGCACAAAUAAAUUUCAACUUUUCUCUUUGACAUAUUUGUUUUUUCUUGUUUAUUUACCUGUUAUAUAGCUAGCCAUAGAUAUUGGGAAGAUGAAUUUAGAUGCAGUUAGAUAAUUUAAUGUUCAGUGUGACUGUAAGUUUACAUUCAAGUACAAGUCACCGAAAUGUACACAUUUUUUGAAUCAAUAAUAUACUAUACUAAUAGUACCCCGGCUGGCAGCCAAGCAAUUGGAAACAUAGUUUUCUGGCUGGCAGCCGGCAUCAAACACGCUAAUCGGGUGAGCUGGACUUAGCAUGGCUAUUAAAUAAUUGGCGCCACAGCAAUACAAAUCUGACCUUUUUUCGCUCUGUGCUCCUCCAAAUAUAACCAUGGUAUUACCAAUAACAGAAGCUGAAUGGCCUGCCCGAGGACACGGAUAGCUCUCGUCAGCCCUCAUCCCUGUCCAAUGUUUGUCAACAAAACCUAAAAUUUGUACAUCGUUAAAAAACUUGCCAUUGGACGGCAUCAAAGAUCUGGGCGGCUGACAACAUCCACCAAAAAGAAUCAUAAUGCAGCUGUUUUUAGUGCAAUAACUGACUAAUGUAGCACAUUCUCUUGGUACUGGAGUAAAUCCGCUUGUGGUAACUUUUGACCAUUUCUGCUCUGCCAAACAAAACACAAACAAAUCGUUGUAGACAGUAUUUGUUGACGAACAUCCACCAAAUAUACAAAGCUUUCCCUUCAAAACACAUGAAGCAUGAGAAAAUCUCGGAGCAGGGCUCACACGUGAAGUAUUAGCAUAUUUCCUCCAGUAAAUUUUGCCAUUUUUUACAGAUUGCAAAAACGUUUCAUGUCGUUUAUUGCGUAUUCUGAGCAGAAGUCUAUUCCAUAAAGUACAAACGAGUCUCCCCAGGUUUUGGUCAGACCUUAACCAUAAAUAACACAAGAUUUUCUCGACAAUUUCUUCAGGUAGUCGCAUGAACAAACAGGAAUCGUCCUUAACACAAGCAGAUAAAUUGGCCGCCAUAUUGAAUUUGAAAAUUUGUGAAUUCCUUCGCAAGACAG